AGUACCAAAAUGGCAGCUGUUCGGUUAGUCAUUCCUGUGAUUUCGGGCAAUGUUCUACUACACGCUAGACGGUGUCUGUCUCUGCCAAUUUCUUCACUUACAAGAAAUGGAUAUCAAUCCUUUAACAUCAGAAAGCAAUGUGUGCUUUCAACCUUUUUAAAACGUUUCCAUUCAACAACAUCGACUGAAGAAGGAGGUGCAUCAGAGACAGAAAUCAAUACUAAAUCAUGGUUUAUUAGAUGGUUACAUGGUGAAAUUCCUGAGCAAAAAGUGGUAACUGAAGAGGAAAUACUUCAACGAAGAACACUUUUGGAAAAGGUGCAAGAAAUGUAUUUUUCAAACCCACCUAAAGCACCUGGAUUGGACUUUUAUGUGGAGGCAUUUGAUUUGCUUAUCAAAUACAAUGACAGAGUUGGAGUUGAAAACUUAUAUGAAGUAAUGAAAGAAGAAAAAAUACAAGCUGAUGAUAAGUUGAUUAAUAAGAUUGAAACAUUUAUUGUAAAAGCACGAGAAGAAGCUUGGUAUAAGUGAUUGUUUUUUACUCAUAAACUGCCCUGACAUUUGCAGUUAUACUGCACUCCAAACUACGUUCUAGGCUUAAUUAUUUAUAUUAUGAUAUGUUAAAGUCUGUGUAUAAUUUUAUACUUGAUAAUGUUUAAAAUAUGUCAGUACUCAUUUCUUCUUCAAGAAAGUUCCCAUGUAACAUGUAAUGAAAGUCCUCAAUUAACACUAGAAAGGGCAGAAUUUAUAAGAAAAAUAUAACAUUGCCAUUCAUGCUA